UGUCACCUAAAGGGCUGCGGCCCCGGAUGUUGUGGCUCCUGGAGGGAGAUGGCGGAGGCUGAGGAAUCGGCGGCUGGGGCUGCUGCGGCCGGCCCGGAAUCAGAGCCGCGGCCGGUGCCGGCCUUCAGGAGCCGCGGCGCGUUGUCGGGCGGCGGCGAACGGGAUCGGCAGGUGGAGGCGGUGCAGCGAGCCUUGUUGGAUGUGCUGGGGCCCUAUGAGCCGCUGCUGAGCCGGCUGCAGGCGGCCUUGGUGUGGGAGCGCCCAGUGAGAAGUGCUCUGUGGUGCCUGGCCCUGAACGCGGCUUUUUGGUUCUUUGCACUGACCUCCCUUCGUCUGGUGUUUUUACUUGCAUUCAGCUUGAUGAUAAUUGUAUGUAUAGAUCAGUGGAAAAACAAAAUCUGGCCUGAAAUGAGAGUGGCAAGACCCGACGCAUUAGACAAUGAGAGCUGGGGCUUUGUACACCCUCGGCUCCUUAGCAUGCCUGAGCUCUGCCACCAUGUAGCCGAAGGCUGGGUUAGUGGGACCACAUUCAUAAGGAAUCUCUUGCUUUUCAAAAAGCAAAACCCAGGCAAGUUCUGCCUGUUAAGCUGUGGUUUCCUGACCUUUCUGGCUGUCAUGGGCCGAUACAUUCCUGGCCUCCUGCUUUCCUACUUAUUCCUUCUUUCUCUCCUGCUGUGGCCCCUUGCUGUGUACCACAGACUGGGACAUCGCUUGUACAUGAAGCUAGAGCCAGUCCUGCAGCGGCUGGACUUCAGUGUCCAUGGUUACAUGAUGUCUAGGCAUAGAGAAAGGCAGCUUCGACGUGCUCGAGCCUUGCACCCUGAUGGUGCUGAAAGGGACAGUAGUGAUAGUGAGGAGGAGCUAGCUGCUUUCUGUCCUCAGUUGGAUGACUCCACUGUGGCUAGGGAAUUGGCCAUCACAGACUCAGAACACUCAGAUGCUGAGGUCUCCUGUACAGAUAAUGGCACAUUCAAUCUCUCAAGAGGUCAGACACCACUAACUGAGGGAUCAGAAGACCUGGAUGGUCAUAGUGACCCUGAGGAAUCAUUUGCCCGGGACCUCCCUGACUUCCCUUCCAUUAAUGUGGAUGCUGCAGGCCUGGAUGAUGAGGAUGACACCAGCAUAGGGCUUCCCAACCUUGCCUAUCGUUCCCCUCCAGGAGCUGAGGAGUCCUCAAGGGCAACUACCAACCAAGAUGAGGCUACCCUGCCUGAGCUUUUACUCAGCAGUCUUCCCACAGGAACCAACCUCACCAGCAACCUUGCCAACCUGGUCUCCCAGGGUGUGAUCCAACUGGCCCUGUCAAGGGCCCAACAACAGGCACCCCCUGCUGCCCCUCAGAGAGCUGCACGAGGCUUCCUAAGGGCCCCCAGCUCUGAUCUGGACACUGAUGCUGAAGGGGAUGACUUUGAACUGCUAGAUCAAUCAGAGCUUAAUCAACUAGAUCCUUCAAGCUCUCGGAGCCACUGAGACACAUCCUCUUUUGGGAAAAUGCUUUGUGGUUUUGGUUUUUCCCCCCCCCCCCAUCCCACUGGGGAUGAUGAAAGGAUCCAAGUCCCACCUCCCAAAUUUGAUUAUCUGUGUACAUUGUUGGCUACCCAUUUGGGCCCCUGCUUAGAGAGGAUACUACUUUAUCUCUAGCUGGACACCCAUUUAUGAGCUCAAGAAUCAUAGAUGAUGGAGGCCAAAACUCCUUCUUAAAUGAAGUUUCUAACAUACGGAUAAUACUUUUUUUUGCUGGGAACAAGAGAGUUUGAUGAACUGGACCCUGGGACACAUUAUCCCAGUUUCUUUCUAAUGGGAUGAUGUUUGCUACAAGGUGUGGGUGCUCAGGGACCCUUUUGUAAAACAACUGCCCCUCUUACUUCCUCAUCCCAUCCCUUUCCUUAAAGCCAAAGUGUGGAAUGGCUCUUACUGCAGUGGGGUGGUGCUAGAAGUUCCGGGGGGCAGCUGCAUUGACUGGGAAGGUUUCAUUUCUCUGUCUCAUAAUCAUGAUUUGUUUUUUCUAAGUAAGUUAGUCUUUGAUUCUGCAGAGCAGGCUUGCCCUGCUACCACUUAUGGCCUUGCCUCCAGUGCCCCAAAAGACUGCUCUCAAGAAAGAGGGACUGAAGGAAACAGUGGGGGUGGGGGAGUGGAUAGCAAGAUCUCUGCUAGAAUUGCUGAUUGUGCUUUGGAGUUUCAGAAGGGUUCUAGGUUUGCUCCCCAGGUCUUCUCAGUUUAUGUCAGCCCUUGGAGCUUCCUACUUGUCUGUUUCCCUGCUAAUCCUUCACUUUAUUUAAACACUAACCUAAAUAAUGAGCAAAGCAAUAGCCAUUUCUGAAUUUCUUUUCUACCCUUCCUCUUCACCCUCCCCCCAGUCAUAUAUGAACAACUCUAUGGGGCUUGGCAAAGUAGCACUUUAAAUGGCCCGGUGGCAUUCAUUUGGUUCUUGCACCAGCUCUCUGGAUCCAUGUGCCAGCCUCUACCUUACUUGUUUUUACUUUGACUUGUCCCUAGCUUUGCUAGGGACUUCAUCCAAGGAUGAGUGCAGUUGGCAUGAGUAUUUUUUCAAGAUGCAGCCACUUUGACAGGAUCUUUGCCAUGCUAUAAUUCUUUUUUGUAAUCAUUCAAAAGACAGAUACAAGCCACACAACUUUUCCUUUUUCCUAACUCAGGGGGAAAAUCCUUCAGAGACUUCCAUAUCCCCUGGGGCUGCAUCUAGAAUCCUCUGCUUCCCCAUGACAGAUCAAACCAUCCACUUUUUAUCUGCACUAACCCCUUGCUGCUCCUCAGGGACCAUUCCUCCUACACUCCCAGACUACGACAGAUGUUGGACAGAGCCCAUUUCUAUGUGCUGCAAUUUCGGGUGUUACUGUUUUUGCUGUUGUUCCAAGAAAUUCAGGGGGCAGUGAAUAAUUUGAACAAGGGAAGGGAGAAAAAGUAGUUGCCAUAUUAUCUUUAUAGGAAGGUUUCAGAAGAGAGGUUCCUCCUUCACACCACCCCUGGGACAAUUCAAAGCUCACACAUCUUGUUUGGUAAAGCUGUGAUUUGUAAAGACAACAGGUGGCAAGGUUUGAAAGUAGACAUUUAUGGAAAGACAGCUGGGAUUUCUGGAUUUGCAUGAAUAUGUGCAGAUGCAAACCCUGGGAAUGGAACCGAAGGGUGGAAGGUAGGGGAAAUUCGAAGAAAGUUUCUUAGGAUGUUUCCUCUAGCUAGGGGCUCCUACUCUGAAUCUGUUUUUCCACUGUGAAUUGGGGGUGGGGUGGGAGGGCAGAUAUUCUAAAAUAAAUCUUGUAUGAGAAAAAAAA